AUAUAUUCUGCUCUGUAAGGUAAAGUCGAAGGACAACAAGAAGGGCGAACAACGCACGUGUAAGACUACUGAAGAAAAUAGCUAAAUAAUUAAGUGUUUAGUCCUAACCAUGGGUCGAAGAGGAAGGGCAUCGUCUCCUAUGUCCAGGAGGGCAUCACCGCCUCCUGCUCCACGGCAAACAAUGCCAGCACAUCCUCCCCCAUCAGCACCUAUGAUGGCUAGUGGCCAGCCCAGACAACCAGGAAUGAUGGCACAGAUGGCUGCCACAGCUGGAGGUGUGGCUAUUGGAUCUACUGUGGGACAUGUGGUAGGCCAUGCAAUCACAGGAGGCCAUGGUGGCAGCCCAGCACCCCAGGAAACUGUACCUCAACAAGCUGCUAGCCAGCCUAUGUACAACCAACAGCAGAUGAGCCAGCCCUGUGAAUAUGAAAUGAGGCAGUUCUUGGAGUGCACCCAGAACCAAAGUGAUCUCUCUAUGUGCACAGGAAUCAACGAGAUUCUUAAAGAUUGCAAGCUAAAAUAUAAUAUUAUGUAAAGAGCAGGCACAGAGAAUAGCAGGUUCCAUAGUGUGGCAGGAUUUAAUUGAAGAGUAUAUGAUAUGGAAGGAUAUGAGCUCAGGCAUGGAAAUGUGACUUAAGAGAGAUAUUAUAUAUAUUUACUUGCCAGUUGUAUUUAUUGGAUGUGAUGUUUUCUCUAAUGGUUUUAUCGAAGUUUACCUCUGAUGUACAAAAAGAUAGAUAUGGAAUCAACAGAUCAAAUUAUCAUCAACAGACAUGGCAGAUUAACAUACACUUCCAUCUUAUUAAAGGUUGAUCUAUUGGUGCAAGCAACAAUAUCAUUGUUGUUGAUCCUUGAGACUUUAAAAUUUGUGAAUAAAUCAAUUUUAACAUGUU